AUGUUUUCAAAAGAUGCUGAAUGGAGCAAACACAAAGAAGAAGUCUCAUCCCUCUACCGCAAGAACCCACUAAACCGGAUGAUGAAACAUAUGAUCGCGAAGCAUGGAUUCCACAGAAAGGAAUCCGAGUACAAGAAGAAGCUCAAAGCUUGGGGGUUGAGGAAGAACGGUACGACCUCAGCAAGGGUGUUUGUGCAGCGAGAGGUUGCCAAACGAAAGUUACAGGGGAAAGAAGAUUACGAAGUGUUUAUGCAUGGGAAGAUCUACACGGCUAAGCAGGCAAAGAGGGAAAUGGCGAGACAUGUUACAUCUGCUACUAACUUUGCGUUGGAAGGCGAGUUUUCCCAGUCUUCAUGGGCUGGUUGGGGAUAG